GUAUGUUUUUUACUCUUAUUAUUGAAAGUGAAAAUUACACCAAAUAUGGAAUUUUAUAAAAAAGUUUAAUAAAUAUGGUAUUUUAAACUUUACCACCCUUAUAUGGCAUUUGUUCAAAGUUAAUGUUUUUUAUGUCGGCUGCCUCUCUCAUUUUCUUCUCUGAGGAAGAAGUUGGUCAGGCUCCGAGUCAAGAUUCCGGCACCGUUCGCAAAUUAUCCUGCUCGGCCUGCUUUGACUCUCUCUGGUUCUGUUAUUUUCAUCAGAUGCAGCAAUACUAUAGACCAAAAGGGUCACUUGAUAACUAUUCUAAAAAAUGGAGUGCUGUGGUGGAUUGUUUAACCUUGAAGACCAAAGGGUCUGCUCAAGUUCAGGGACUAAAACCAUUCCAUCGAUUCAGUGGAGCUGAUGAAGUGUGUAUUAUGGAAGACUCUUAUUAGGUGAUAUCAAAUUCUAUCUGUGAACGGGCAAAAUGUAUCUAGUGGCAGUGACUUUUGUAGAGUUCUAGACCAAUGUAAAGUGGGCGACAGGACAAAGUUUCAUUGUGUUAACUCAUAUUAAUCUACAUUAUCUUCUUAUAAUGAUAGUUUUAGAACAGAGUUAGAAAAAUCUUAAGAGAAUUUCAAUUCUUACUCCAAAAAAUUUUGAGUGCAUAAUAUCUUUCUCAUUUUAAAAUAUUUAUUUUAACUUAUUAAGUAAUUGAUUGAACUAGUCAAACUGUUAAAGUAUAUCAUGAGUACCAUGAACUGUAAAACAACAGUUUAUUUUUAAGAUUAUUUGUUUAGAAAAUGAGCUAGGCCUAGCCUCUUAUGUUUUAAAAUUGUUUAGAUUUAAAAGGUGUUCUAUGAUUUUUCAUAGAGUCGAAACUGGUUUCACUGGGUUUACAGGUUCGAAACUGGUUUCACAUGUUUUGAGAGUUCUGCAAUGAGGUUGCUCUAUUUUAUUAUGUUAUUGCAUAUUUUUAAUUUUAAGUUACUUUUUUAUUAUUUUGUUUCUCGGUUAAGAACUUACACUUAUAUUUAGUUUUUAAAUUAUUGGUAUGUAUUGUGUGUUUUGAUUUUAUUUGAUUAGUAUUUUUUUUUUUGUAUUUUUGUGUGUGUGUUUUUUAUUUGGUUGUUUGAUGAAACUGGUUUCAGUUAGCUUUAUUAUUUAACAUUUAUAUUUUGUUAUGAUUUUUCAGCAUCAAAACUGGUUUCACAGGUUUUAAGUGUUCUGUAAUGGAGUUGCUCUAUUUUUAUGAUGUUAUUGUAUAUUUUUUAGUUUGUAUAAAACUAGUUUUAUUAUUGUCUGAUAUUUGAACAAAAAUGUCUGCUUUAUUUUAAAUAACCAGUUUCUGACACACUUAUUAUUUUAUUAUUUUCGUAACUUUUUUUUAACAUUAUUAUUGUUCAUAAUUGAUUUUUAAGUUUCAGUUUUUUAUUUGGUAAUUCCAAGAAACUGGUAUUAUCAGUUAAUUUUUAUUUUGGUUGCUUUAUUAAUAAUUGGUUUCUCCCUCCCACUAUUUUUUUUGUUAUUCUUUUAUGGUUUUUAUUGCGUUUUUGUCUCUUUAAUAUAAAAUUUAUAUGUUCAAAACUGGUUUUUAAAUUUAGUAUCUUUUUUGAAAGUUUAGUUAUUAGGCAUUGUGUAUUUUUCAUUGCGUUGUUGAUGAAACUGGUUUUUUUUUUUUUUUU